CUUAGAUUACCACCACCAAAGUGCAACUGUGGAGGCAGUGAAGAAUGUGUACGGCCAUGACUGAAUUUUCACGGUUACUUGACGAGCUUCAUCUGGACGGCGACGACGACGAGACCCUCCCGCCGAUCACAGCGUUGUUGUCCAAACUGCAGCAGCGUCUGAUCGGCGGACCGCCGGACCCGAGCCUUCUCGUGGAUACGGUCGCCGGCUUCUUCCGAACGGCCGAACCUCAUCGGCUGUUCGACUCGGCCGACGGGGAAGCGGCUCUGGAGGCGGCGUACGUCUCUGCCGUCUGCGCUCUGAUCGGCCGCGCCGCUCUGCCGGCGUACGAGCGCGCCCGCGACGGCCCCCCGACGCCCGAUCGCUACGCGCGCGUGCCCGACGUGGCCGCCCGCGUGUGCGGCGCCCUGCGAGGCCUGCUGGGAAAAGUGGAGGCGGCGGGCCCGGACAGACGCGCCCGAGGGGUCCUCAUGGCCGUGGCGCCGCAUGUGUGUGCGUACGCCGUCACGCACACGCAGGAGCAGCCGUGGACGAGCCGCGCGUCCCGAGAAGCGGCCCGUCGUCUUCGAGCGUCGUUGCUCGGAGCGGGAAGCUGGCGAGACUGCGCCCACAUGCUGACGGGGGAACGGGCCGGUGCCAACGGGGCAAAGGCCGGCGCCGGUGGGAUUCUGGAAGCCGUCCUGGACGUCCUGCGGCCUCGACUCACCAAGGAAGCGUGGCAGCGGGGCGACGAGGUCGAGUCGGCGUUCGCGUGGACGCUCUUCCAGGUGAAACGCCCCUCCCUGGCCCCUCACCUGCCCCGCCUCCUGGGCCCCGCCCUCCUCAUCAGCGACCACCACGAGCCCAAAAAGUGCAUGCUGGGAGUUCGCUGCCUGCACCACAUUGUCGUCAACACGGCUUCUAGCGAGUUGCGCGCGUUGAAGCGGGCGGACGUGAUGUACGAGGCGUUGGUCAAACUUCUGUACGGCACAAAAAACGCCGACGUCAUCCAGCUUGUGUUGCGUUGUCUGUUGGACCUGCUGCCGGUUUUGGAGAGCCCCCCCUCGUCGGUCCCCGUCGGUCCCUCGCCGGCCCCCGGGAGGGCCCGUCGCCGUGACGACGUGCUGCGUCUGAUGCUCACGCACAUGGAGGCCGAACACGAGGUGGCGCUGAGGAGAGUCUACGCGCGGGCGCUGCCGGCCUACUUGGAAAGGAUGGGCGUGUCCGCGUGUCGUCACUUACGUCGUCUCGGUCGCGUGGUGCCGGCCUACCUGGAGGUCAGCGACGCCCCGGAAGAGGUCACCAGAAUCUUCGCGCUCCGGGCCCUCGAAUGCAUCUUGACGGCGGCGUGGCCACGGUUAGCGCGUAGCGUUAGCGUGUGGCUGCCGUGUUUGCUGCGCCUGCUGGCGGACGCGCCCUCCGAGCUCGGCCCCCGCCGCGACGUCGCACGUCGGCUGAGCCGUGGAGCUGCUCGAUGCGCCGCCCUGCUGGCCGCCGCCGCCGGCGGGCGCCUGCAGGCUGACGUGAGCUGUUUUACAUCUGAGGUUGCAAGUUACUCAGCAACGGUAACCACGGAAACAGAGAGCUGAUCCCAUCGGACACGUGCUGCGCUGCUGUUUGGUUGUCAAGGCGACACUUGCAUCUGUUUGACUUCCUGUCUCCUCCCGCCACACUUUCAAAAUAAAAGCUGUUUUGUUCCCACCCAAGCAGGAAGUGAGUCAUUUGCUGCCUCUUUGUGGCAAGGACCGGCGGCCCGCUGCGGUGCAGAUACUGUCGCUCCUCAUCUCAUCUUCGUCAUCUCCGUGUUGACUUUUGUUGUUGUCUGUGCGAUGCCGCCAUAAUCCAGCGUGUGGCGCUCACAUCUAGAUGCACACAAAAAGCUCACGGAAGUGGUCUUCA